UUAACUUUUUGUUUUGGAGAAUAUUCCCAUGACACAUGUACCCAGUGGUGGAAUUUAAUCUUUACAGAAGCUGUAAACUGAACCUGUUUCCAAGCUUACUGAGCCCCGAGGCUUUUUGGAUCCCCUCAAAUGUGACCAGUAAAACAAUACUACAUAUGAUCUUCAAUGCUGAUGAGGCCCACAACAUAGUUAAGGAGUGCAUAGAAGGUGUUUUAGGCAAGGCAGAUUAUAAUCACAACAAAGUCAACCAGUGGACUGCUGCUAUAGUAGAACAGUCGCUGACGCAUCUGGUAAAACUUGGAAAAACCUAUAAGUACAUUGUAACUUGUGCAGUGAUGCAGAGGAGUGGAGCUGGUCUUCACACAGCAAGCUCAUGCUUCUGGGAUACUACAACUGAUGGAACGUGCACAGUGAGAUGGGAAAACCGAACAAUGAACUGCAUUGUCAAUGUGUUUGCUGUUGCUAUUAUCCUGUAGCUGAGUAGAAGAUAAACACAAGCAACACCGAAGCCUUUAAAACAAACAAAAACAAAAAAAAAAAAAUCAUCCAAACACACGGCUAAAUAUUUCAAACCAUUAUUUGUUUUUGUAUGAGGAACAGACAGAAGUUCUCUACAGAGGGCAUACAGUCUAAGCCAGUUCUCAUAGAUUAAUCAUCUGAAAGCUAGCAAAAAAUUUAAAAUAUAUAUAUAUGUAUUUAUCUAAACAGAAAGUUUUAAUAAUAUAUGGUAAUGAGAAGGAGCCACAAAGAUCAAUACAAUUUAUAUCAAAGCUAUAUACUUUAUCCAAGAGGAGCAAAACACAUCAGAUCAAAGGAAAGGUCAAAGAUAAGCAAGACCUCAUAGGAUUGCAAUGCAUUUGGGAACAAAUUAUGAACACAGUUCAGAGAGGUUAUACUGUAAACAGUACUGGUGCUUCGUGUUUGAUUAAGCAAAGCUGUCACACUGCUGCUCCUUAUGAAAUUGCAUGAGCAUCAUGUUUCGGUCAAGCAUGAACAUUUACAUUGAAAUUAAAUCCAGUAAAGCUUUUUCCCUGGAGACAGAGGAUGGCUUCAGUAGGACAAAGGUGAGAUACACCUAGUCCUAGCAGAAUUCUAAUUUAUUUUCAGAAUUAAGAACAUAAUACUUAUUAUCAGUUCAGGGAUACAUGCUGGGGAUCAGGCAUGAGCCCUUAAUUCAUAGUUUAUGAAUCUGAAAACAUUCUGAAGGUACUUAAAUUUGAUAUUAUUCCACAACUGCGCCGUUUGUGACAAGCACUUUAUUGAUUCCUCAUGCAGUAUCCAGGAGCUAGGGCAGUAAGACUGGACCCACAUUACUCCAAAUAAGAUUAGUGUUUGGAGAGAAGGCACAGACGUUUCUAGGGGUCUUGUUUGCUUUGAAAGCAUUUAUCCUAAAGCAAUGUGUCUGCUCUUUAUAGGAGUGUUUUCUACAUUCUCUAAGUCUAGAAUUGGAUCUUGGUCCUAUGAAAUCAUACAGUUAGGUUUUAAGCACUUAGAAUUCUCUUCCUGUGUAGAUUUAUGCAAGUUCUAACUUUGCUCAUCUGAUGAGUCUUAACUUGAAAUAUUCCACACGGAAGAAAAGCAUUUGCACACAACACAAGUAUUUGCUGGAUUGGGGCCUAUGUUUUUGUUGAUUAAUGCACAAAUUAUAAAUAGAUGUAUCAACACCAAAAAUGCCUAAAUGAUAGCUGACACUAAGUGGCAGCUGCAUUAAGUAGUUUCCUCAGAUGCUGCUUAAAGUUAGAAUUUUUUCUUUGUUACUGCAUGUCCUUGGAAGAGACUGGUAACUACCUAACAGCUACUGUAAGGCUGGUUUGGAUUUUAACAAAUGACUAUUAAAGCACUAUUAUGUAGACUCUAAGGGCGUGUAACAAGUGUCCUGUACAAAGAACAAGCUUAAAAACCAUUUCAUUGCUUAAAUUGUGUAUGCAUAUACCUAGUAUGAGACUACAGAAGGAAUGUAUAUGUGUAAUUCUCAAUAUUGUUCAAAAUCUCUUGCUUUGCAGACAGGUAGAGUUCUGCUUUUACCUAAGUGCAAGUAAAAUUAAUACUGUAAUACUGCAUUUGCCUAACAGGCAAGUGUAAUGUGAAGGUGUAUGUGUAUGUUGUACUGACCUUCAAAUGUAUAAUAAUUUAAAGUUAUUUGGGCUAGAACAGCAAUUUCUGAACUAGGUGCCAGCAUUGAAGAACCGAGUUGUGGAACUGACAAAAAUGCAGAAGUUUCACUGAUACUUGAGAUGGUGGAAGGUUAAAAAUCAGUGGGGUACCAACUGGAAAAAGGUUUGGUAUGAUUGAUGCAGUUUAAGAAGUAGGUGAGUAAAGAUAGCAGUGGCUGUUAACCCCCUGUUAAUGGGCCAUGGUCUGAAGAAAUAUUCCAAAUAGCCACUUGUAAACUCAUUUGCUUUACUUGAAUACAUGAUGCACUGAAUAAGACUAUCAGUUUAAUGAGGCUUGAUCAAGGUUCUGCUGCAGAAGAAACCUAGAAAAUGCUGCUUAAUUAUAAGACUGCUUCAUUUUUCUUUCUACCAAAAAAAAUAAUAAAGUUUUGCCUUAGUUGUA